AUGGGCAAGAUGGACAACACCUCCGUGGAGCUGAGCUCUCCCUCUGAGGUGAAGCAGGCAGCCCUGGAGGAGUCAGAGCCCAUCGCCCCCGAGGCUGUGAGCACCAAGAAGAAGAAGGAGAUCCCAGAUAGAGGCUCCUGGAAGGGGAGGUUUGACUUCCUGCUGUCCUGCGUGGGCUAUGCUAUCGGGCUGGGCAACGUCUGGCGCUUCCCAUAUCUCUGCGGCAAGAACGGAGGAGGGGCCUUCCUCAUCCCCUAUUUCCUGACGCUGGUGUUUGCUGGAAUUCCUCUCUUCCUGCUGGAAACUGCUCUGGGCCAGUAUACCUCAGUCGGUGGACUGGGAGUAUGGAAAUUAGCACCCAUGUUUAAAGGAGUGGGGCUGGCAGCUGUGGUUCUCUCCUUCUGGCUGAACAUCUACUACAUUGUCAUCAUCGCCUGGGCUCUCUACUAUCUCUUCAACUCUUUCACCGCGGAUCUGCCAUGGCAGAGCUGUGGGAAUGCCUGGAACACCGACCGCUGCUUCUCCAACUACUCCCUGGGCGACACCACCAACCUCACCAGCGCUGUCACCGAGUUCUGGGAGAGGAACAUGCACCAGAUGUCUGGGGGCCUGGGGGAGCCUGGCACUGUCCGCUGGCCCCUGGCUGGCACGCUGGCCCUGGCCUGGCUGCUGGUCUACUUCUCCAUCUGGAAGGGCGUGGAGUGGACGGGCAAGGUGGUGUAUUUCUCAGCCACCUACCCCUACUUCAUGCUCUUCAUCCUCUUCUUCCGGGGAGUCACGCUGCCGGGAGCCAAGGAGGGGAUCCUCUUCUACCUCACACCCGACUUCAGAAAGCUCUCCGACUCUGAGGUCUGGAUGGACGCAGCCACGCAGAUCUUCUUCUCUUACGGCCUGGGACUGGGGUCCCUGAUCGCACUGGGGAGCUACAACACUUUCCACAACAAUGUCUACAGAGACUCCAUUAUUGUCUGCUGCAUAAACUCCACCACAAGCAUAUUUGCCGGCUUUGUUAUUUUCUCUAUUGUUGGCUUCAUGUCGCACAUCACGAAGAAGUCGAUCUCAGAGCUGGCCUCCUCAGGCCCAGGACUGGCUUUCCUCGCCUACCCACAGGUUGUCACACAGUUGCCUCUGUCCCCACUCUGGUCGAUCCUCUUCUUCUCCAUGCUGAUGAUGUUGGGUCUGGAUAGUCAGUUCUGCACUGUGGAAGGUUUCAUUACAGCCCUGAUGGAUGAGUAUCCUUAUCUCCUGAGAGCCAGGAAGAAGGUCUUCAUCGCAGUAGUCUGUUUCAUCUCUUAUCUCAUCGGAUUCUCCAACAUCACCCAGGGUGGCAUUUAUGUCUUCAAGCUGUUUGAUUACUACUCAGCCAGUGGCAUGUGUCUUCUCUUUCUUGUCUUCUUUGAGACCAUCUCAAUUUCUUGGUGUUAUGGUGUGAACAGAUUUUACAGGAACAUUGAAGAAAUGAUUGGCUACAAACCUUGCAUGUGGUGGAAGAUCUGCUGGGCCUUCUUCACUCCUCUUGUCUGCCUGGGCGUGUUCUUCUUCAGCGUGGUGGAAAUGACUCCUCUGACACUGGGAAAAUACGUCUAUCCUGCAUGGGGACAAGGCAUUGGGUGGCUUAUGGCUUUGUCCUCCAUGGUACUGAUUCCAGGAUACAUGCUAUACUGUUUCUUCACCUCAACAGGGACUCUCCGGCAGCGCUUGCAGCAGAUGACACAACCCAAGCCAGAGGUGCAUGCUCAGAACAACGGCCUCCAGCCGAAGACGUCCUUGAACGGGAGGGUCUCUGAUGCUGCCGUCUAG